AUGGAAGACAGGAAGGAGCAUUUCCAGGACGAGAAGAUCGAGGUCAUCAAUGACACUAGGGGCACCAACAUCGAUCCGGUCGCGGAGAAGAAGCUUUUGCGGAAAUUGGAUCUUCGGGUCCUACCACCGUUGUUCGUUCUUUUCCUGAUGGCGUUCCUUGACCGGACGAACAUAGGAAAUGCCCGUAUCCAGGGAAUGACAAAAGACCUGAAAAUGGAGAAACAGGAUUACAAUAUAGCACUAUUCGUGUUCUUCAUCCCAUACAUUCUCUUCGAAGUCCCAUCGAAUCUUAUCAUCAAGAAGCUAGCCCCAUCGACUUGGCUUUCCAUAAUCAUGGUCCUAUGGGGCAUCUCGACCAUUGGCAUGGGCUUGGUACAUACAUUUGGGGGGCUUGUGGCAAUGCGUGCCCUACUUGGAUUUUUCGAAGCUGGAUUGUUUCCUGGCUGCAUCUAUCUUAUCAGCAUGUAUUACAAGAGAUUCGAACUCCAAUGGCGUAUGACUCUAUUCUUCACGGCUAGCAUUAUUGCAGGAGGUUUCAGUGGCCUUCUGGCCUUCGCCAUUGCAAAGAUGGCUGGUACGGCGGGAUAUAAUGGCUGGCGCUGGAUCUUCAUCAUCGAAGGUCUAAUGACCUUCGUCAUUGGUGUCCUGGCCAAGUUCUGGGUUCCAGACUGGCCCGAGACCGCCAAAUUCCUUACAGAGGAUGAGCGAGCCUUGCUCGUUGCCCGUCUCUCCUCGGACAGUGGCGAUGCAGUAAUGAACCGCCUCGACAAGCGUGCCGCGAAGCGCAUCUUCCGCGACCCCAAGAUCUACCUCGGAACCCUGGCCUACUUCGGCAUCGUCAACACAGGCUACGCAGGCUCCUUCUUCAUCCCGACCAUCGUCACCGAACUCGGCUACACCGCAUCGGCGGCACAAGUCCGCAGCAUCCCCAUCUUCGUCGUCGCGACCGUCACGGCCGUAGCAACUGCCUGGCUAACGGACCGCAUGCGCCACCGCUACACAUUCUGCAUGGCCGGCCUUGUUGUUGCGUCCAUCGGGUACAUCCUGCUCCUUAACCAGCAGAAUCUCAGUACGGGCGUCAAGUACUUCGCGCUGUUCCUCAUCGUACCAGGCGGCUACAUGACGCAACCCGUGACGCUGGCCUGGAUGUCGAACCUCAUGUCGGGGCACUACAAGCGCAGUGUCUCGUCCGCGAUGCAGAUCGGCUUCGGAAACAUCGGUGGCAUCGUCGCGUCGAAUGUCUUCCUGCAGUCUGAAGCACCGACCUACCGCACCGGCUACGGCGUCUCACUCGGCUUGCUGUGGAUCUGCGGCGCGGCGUGCACGUCGCUGUUCUUCCUGGCCAAGAGGGAGAACAAGAAGAGGGAGAGGGGCGAGAGGGAUUGGAGGCUGACGGAGCCCGAUAGCGAUAACCUCGGUGAUGAUCAUCCUCAUUUCAGGCUUACCACUUAA